AUGCAAUCAAACAACGAUAGUAUGGACUAUAACACCUAUGAUACUAAUGCAACAUCGAACGACAGAUUGGUAUCAUCGCGUCCAACAACACUAACACUCGAAGCAAGCAAUACAACGAUGAUUGCAGGAGGAGCUGAUGAUAAGGAGGAUUUCUAUUAUCAUCAUUACAAUUUGGAUAAUAUGUCUAUUACACCUUCACCUAUGACAAAUCAGCCACGACUAUUUCAGCCAGNGUGA